CAAUCAUAGAAACUAUAGUUAUGUCCCUUCAUAACCAAAAAUACAUAAUAUGCCUGGCACUUCAUUUUAUCCAUCUCUAUUUUUAAAAACCAAAUAAACUGACUUGUCCCUCUAGUUCCAUAGCUCUCAAUCUACACUUCAAUACAACCAAAGGCAUGUUCUUCUUCAUGAUAAGAACAGUGAGGAGGAUUUCAAUGGAAUCCACUAUAUUUCUUCAGUUGCUUUCAUCAAACUGAGGAUAUUAUCUUUUUAAAGACUGGUUCUUUUUUUGGGUCAAAUAACAUGAGAUAAAACAGUAUCAUCAUCUUUUUAUGUUUUAUCAACCUCAUCAUGCCAAUCAAUGCAAUCACAAUUCUCUUUUUGUUUCUCAACAUUUCUCUGUUUCCAAACAUCUCUGCUCUGAACCAAGAGGGUAUCUCCCUACUUUCAUGGCUCUCAACUUUCAAUUCCUCUUCUUCUUCUGCACUCUUCUCUUCAUGGAAUCCAUUCCACAAAAAUCCAUGCAAAUGGGAUUACAUCAAAUGUUCAAAUGAUGGUUUUGUUUCAGAAAUCAUAAUCACUUCAAUCAACCUUCCCACCAGCUUCCCUGCACAGUUUCUCUCCUUCAACCAUCUCACCACCCUUGUUCUUUCUAAUGGGAAUCUCACCGGAGAAAUUCCUUCAUCCAUCGGAAACCUGUCGUCUCUUAUCACGCUGGACCUCAGUUUCAAUGCGCUGACAGGGAACAUACCAAAUGAGAUAGGAAGGUUGUCAAAGUUGCAGUUUUUGGCAUUGAAUUCAAAUUCCUUGGGAGGUGAAAUUCCAGCAGGGAUAGGGAACUGCUCAAAGCUUCAGCAACUUGAGUUGUUUGACAACCAGCUAUUUGGUAAGAUUCCUGAAGAAAUAGGACAGUUAUGGGCACUGGAAACCUUCAGAGCAGGAGGGAACCUUGGGAUUCAUGGUGAAAUCCCAAUGCAGAUAUCAAACUGCAAAGAACUCAACUUUCUUGGGCUGGCAGAUACCGGAAUUUCGGGGCAAAUCCCCAGUAGUUUAGGUGAACUCAAGAAUCUGAAAACUCUUUCUGUCUAUACUGCUAAUCUCACAGGUGUUAUCCCACCGGAAAUCAGUAAUUGUUCAAACUUGGAGGACCUGUUUCUUUAUGAGAACCAGCUUUCUGGUGAAAUUCCUGUUGAAUUUGGUGCCUUGAAGAAGCUCAGAAGAGUCUUGUUAUGGCAGAACAAUUUGACAGGAACCAUUCCAGGAACUCUGGCAAACUGUUCAUCUUUGAUGGUUAUAGAUUUUUCGUUGAAUCUACUGAGUGGUGAGAUUCCUGCUUCUCUGGAAAAUUUAGUGUCACUGGAAGAACUUCUUUUGUCUGGUAAUCAGAUCUCCGGCGACAUACCAACAUUUCUUGGAAAUAUUUCUGGUUUGAAGCAGCUUGAAUUGGAUAACAACAGGUUUUCUGGUGAGAUUCCUCGUGCCAUCGGAAAACUGAAGGAGCUUACUCUGUUCUUUGCCUGGCAGAAUCAGCUACAUGGAAGCAUACCCUUUGAGCUUGCAAACUGUGAGAAACUUCAAGCUGUGGAUCUUUCACACAAUUUCUUAUCUGGGUCAGUUCCAUAUUCUCUUUUCAAUCUCAAGAACUUAACACAAUUAUUAUUGAUAUCAAAUAGAAUCUCAGGAAAACUUCCACCCAAUAUAGGAAAUUGCACCAGCUUAAUACGUUUAAGGCUGGGAUCAAACAACUUCAGUGGUCAAAUCCCAAGAGAGAUUGGCCUCCUACAUAGGUUGAGCUUCCUUGAAUUAUCAGAAAACCGAUUCAACGGAGAAAUUCCACCCGAAAUCGGCAGCUGUUCUCACCUGGAAAUGGUUGAUUUGCAUGGAAAUGAGCUCCAAGGCAUGAUUCCAUCAACUUUUCAAUUCAUUUUUGGGCUUAAUGUUUUAGACCUUUCGUCGAACAGAUUAGAAGGAACCAUUCCUGAGAAUUUGGGCAAGCUUUCAUCCUUGAACAAACUGAUCAUCAGUGGCAACUCCAUUACUGGUUCAAUUCCCAAGUCAUUGGGUUUCUGUCAAGAUUUGCAGUUGUUGGAUAUGAGCACCAACAAGCUCACUAGUUCAAUCCCAGAUGAGAUUGGAUUCUUGCAAGGCUUGGAUAUCCUGCUCAACUUGAGUUGGAAUUCUCUUACAGGUCCUAUUCCUGAAAGCUUCUCAAAUCUUUCAAAGCUUGCCAAUUUGGACCUCUCUCACAAUAAGCUAACAGGGACUCUUAAGGCACUUUCUAGUCUAGACAACCUUGUCUCUCUCAAUGUUUCCUAUAAUGAUCUCUCAGGCAGUCUUCCCAAUACCAAGUUCUUCAAAGAUCUCCCUGCAAGUGCAUUUGCUGGUAACCAAAAGCUCUGCGUCAACAGAACUGAUUGCCACUUUAAUGGCAACCAGAAUGGAAGGAAAUCCACCAGGAAUCUCAUUCUUUCUAUUCUUCUGAGUUUAAGUGCAACCACAUUAAUUUUGAUUGCUGGAAUAACUUCAUAUAUUAGAUUUUGUGGAAUCUCAUUUGGGAGGAAGAAUGAUGAAGAAAAUGAUCUGGACUGGGAAUUCACCCCAUUUCAAAAGCUUAAUUUCUCUGUCCAUGAUAUUGUCACAAGGCUGUCAGAUACGAACAUCGUGGGAAAAGGUUGUUCGGGCAUGGUUUAUCGUGUCGAGACUCCGACGAAGCAGGUUGUUGCAGUGAAGAAGCUGUGGCCAGCAAGUAACGCAGAAGUCCCUGAAAGAGACUUGUUUUCCGCUGAAGUACGUACCUUGGGAUCGAUAAGGCAUAAGAACAUAGUGAGGCUAUUGGGAUCCUGUAACAAUAGGAAAACGAAGUUGCUUCUGUUUGAUUAUAUUAGUAAUGGAAGUUUGGCUGGCUUGCUCCAUGAGAAGAAGCUCUUCCUGGAUUGGGAUGUGAGAUACAAGAUAAUACUUGGAGCAGCUCAUGGUUUAGCUUAUCUUCAUCAUGAUUGCAUGCCUCCAAUCGUUCACCGGGACAUUAAAGCUAACAACAUCCUGGUAGGACCACAGUUUGAAGCUUAUCUUGCAGAUUUUGGCCUUGCCAAGCUUGUUAGUUCUUCUGAAGGUUCGAGAGCUUCUAGAACAGUUGCAGGUUCUUAUGGUUACAUUGCUCCUGAAUAUGGCUACACUUUGAGGAUCACAGAGAAAAGUGAUGUAUAUAGUUAUGGAGUUGUGCUCUUGGAGGUCUUAACCGGGAGGGAACCAAUAGAUAACAGACUUCCAGAUGGUGCCCACAUUGUCACAUGGGUUAACAAUGAACUCCGGCAGAAGAAGAAAGGAUUCACAACUAUUCUUGAUCAGCAGCUGAUAUUGAGAUCCGGAACUCAGAUCCAAGAGAUGCUUCAAGUGCUUGGGGUGGCUCUCCUCUGUGUUAAUCCUUCCCCGGAAGAACGACCUACCAUGAAUGAUGUGACAGUAAUGCUCAAGGAAAUACGGCAUGAAAAUGAGGAUUAUGAAAAAACAAAUAUGCUUGGUAAAGGAGCAGUAACAAAUCCAAAAGCAGCAAUUCACUGUUCUAGUUUCUCUAGAUCAUCUGAACCUCUAAUUAAAUCACCUUCUUCCCAACAAUAAACUCAUAGGACCGGUAUUCAACUUCAUUGAUAUUUUUGUUAACGUAUAAAUUAUGUAGAUUGGCAUCAUUUAGUAGCAACAGAGACAUCAUUUCUCUGUCUUUCAGUA